UGAAACGACGUCAAACGGUUUAUAAACGACGAACAACUUCAUCGCGCCAGUUACUACUUGGACGUUUUAAUAAAGCGAUAACUACUAUAGCGCAAUAAGCAGCAACAGGCAACAUAGUCGACAUCAAAACUAACUGGACAACAAAUGGAGAUUAAAAUAACAUAAUUAAUGACAACAAUAUUGAUCAUAUAGUCACUCCAAUAUAUAUAAAAAACUGUUUCGAUAACAACGCAACUGGUACGAGUUUUAUUUAUUUAUUUAAAACGGGUGGCGCGAAAAAUAAAACUCAUAUGCCUUCAGACUGAUCUAAUAACGUUACGCCUUACACUAAAAACACAAAGUUUCAUUUCCAUCAGAUUUGGUUCGUGGUGAGGCUGGAAAACCCCGAGGGGGCAAACCAAAACCUCUCCCGACCCGGCCGAGCUCGGGAGGAGAAACGGACAAACACCGGGCCCUUUUGUCUCUCCCCGUAAAGAACGGCUCUCCGCUUCCACACACGACGCGGAAAAGGCGUGUGCUCGGUAAUAACCGAACUUAUUAGAGGAUGUUGGUUAAUUACAGCAGUAGCAGCUCCGACGAGGAAAAUGAAGUUGUUAACCGAAAGCGCCAGAAACUGAACCCUGAUGUCAAAGACGCCAGUGCUCCCAGGAAAAGGGAGUUUACCACACACGACUCAGAAAGCAGGGUCACCACUGGGGCUGUGGGACACCAGGGCGAUCCACGCAAGGUCCUUCCACUUCCGGCCCGUGUGCUCGAGAUGUUUGGAGACUCGGAGGAAGAGCAUGUGGAUGACUGCUCACAACAUGGAGGGCGUCUGCGAGCCUUUGAGCACGAGCGAGGAAACUGGGCCACUUACAUUUAUUUGCCAUAUGAACCAGAAGAUGUGUUCCUAGAGUUACUGGAUGAGCUGCUGAGUGGCGCAGCAGGCCAUGGUGUCGCCCUUGUCCGAGCCGAUGAGUUCCACAUCAGCCUCUCUAAGACCGUGGUCCUGCAUCACCACUGGAUCCAGCCGUUUGUGCGGUCUCUACGUACGGGCCUAGCACCCUGCAGGAGAUUUGUGUGUUCAGCAGAUAAACUUAAGGUGUACUCUAAUCAUGAAAAAACAAGGACUUUUCUUGGUAUGGAGGUCUACGCAGGACACAGCCAGCUGCUCGAGGUCAUGAGAAGAAUAAAUGAGACCAUGGAGGAGUUCAGCCUCUGCACUUUUUACAAGAACCCAUCUUUUCAUGUAAGCCUGGCUUGGUGUGUUGGUGACUUUACUGCCAAACUCCAGGAUGCCUGUUUGUCAGAGUUACAGAGGCUUGUGGACAGUCAUGAAGCUGGACCUUUCCAAAUAAGGUUGAAUUGCAGGGAGCUCCGAUGCAAAACGGGAAAUAAAGUCUUUCUGUUCCCACUGCAGUGACUCUAUAGUGAAAGUUUUCACUCCAGAGUCACACAUGAAAAAUUCACAAUCUGGAAGCAUCAUUUUAUGAUAUUGUAAAAUAAGCAAAUUAGUUCAUUAAAAAAGUUAUUAAACCAGUGACUCUUCUCUGGUGAGUUAGUGUGCACCUUGUCAUAAUAGGUGGUCUUUUGACUGCAUCCUGCACAAUGAAACUGAGGUGAGAAGUUCCUGCCUUUCUGAGGAUUGAACUGUUCAUGUUUUUUUUAAUCUUUGUGUUGGUAAACUGGUCUUUCAGCUCAGCCCACUUUAUUCCCCUCCAUGCACCAGUAACAGGAUUCACACACCAUUCUUUGCUUUGAAGAGAUUGUAAUUGAUUAUAUUAAAAUGUUAAAGAAACACUCUGAUCAGACUAGGCUUUGCUGAAACACACAAAUGUCUUUCACUCACAUGCACACACAAAAGAGGCUCAGAGUGUUCCACGUUGUCUUAAGUGGGUUUUUAUCCCUUAGUGGAAAACCAGUGCUACAUCACAAAUGGGAGUCUGAAAGUUGUGUUCUUGUAUGCACAACAUACAGUAAAUACUGAACGCAUACAUAUUCACAAUCAAUAUUUUUUUCUGUCCCACUUUUACUGCUGUCACAAGAAAGCUUCAUAUUAAGUUUAUUUUUUCAAAACGUAAAUAAGCACAGUACUGACUCCUCAUCCAACAUAAUUUAGAGAAUAAACACGUAAAUGGAUGAAAUGACUAGGAAAUGGUCGCGCCCUGCUCAAAAGCGCCACCUACUGGACAUAACCUGUGCACCGCGAACCCCCCCCCCCCUUUUCUACAUAAAAGGCUCUUGCC